AUCUAUGUAAUGGAAAAAAAAAAAAAACAGAGAAACAACAUCAUCUCUUCCUAGAAAUAACCAAACUGUUAAAAAAUCCUAUAAAAGUCUAACUAAAAAGACAACAUUAAAGGAUACUACUUUGAGUUGGAGGUUUUCACUAACGAACGAAAAAGCACCGAAGACUUCAUCGCUUUUGCUUCUGUUUCGUUCUUCCUUUUUCCUAGCCCACUUGUAUUAUUAAAUUAAUCAUCUUUUUUUGGUCAAGUGCCCAACAAGAACAACUCAAAGACGGAUAAAUUAUGCAUCUGUUGGUAGUGUUAUAGAGGAAAAAUUUGGGGAAUCAUAGUUUUUAAUUUUGCCGUGCUUAAUGGGAAAUUGCUUUGGAUCCAACUCUAUUUGUUCAAGCCCUAGUGCUGUUGAUCUCGGUCACUCAACUAAGCCUUCCUUUGGUAAAUGACCCGUGAAUUUUUUUGCUUUUAUGAUCUUUACUCUUUCUGGGCUUUUGUCAUUUCACGCGUUUCUUGGUUUUUUCCUUGCUUUUUGUCUGAAGUUGGCUUCAAUUUUAUGUGUGUUGUGAUGGUUGGGAUACUUUUUUUUGUUGGUGUUUAAAUAAUGAGUUUGUCCUCCUGCCUUUUGGCUUUUGAGUGACAGUUUUUGGUUUAGAAUUUUGAUUUUGUGGCCCAUUUUUUUGUGAAUUUCAUUGAAGGUCUUGUGGCCAUUUUUGCUUAUGGGUUGUUGACUCUGUUCUUUCCGUACCAUUUCGUGUAUAGGGAAUUCUACUAAUAAUUAUAGCAGCAAUGGUUGUGGUAUUUCGGGUACUACUAAUAGUAGUGCCGGCCACAGCCAGUUCUCUUCAAUUAGCGAGGAGCCGAUAUCUCCUGGUGAGAUUUUGCCUACGCCGAAUUUGAAGAUGUACAGCUUCUCUGAUAUGAAGAGUGCCACGAAGAAUUUCAAGUCCGACACGGUGUUGGGAGUUGGUGGUUUUGGAACUGUAUUUAAGGGAUGGGUUGACGAGAAGACUCUUGCACCAUCUAAAUUUGGCUCUGGGAUGAUGGUUGCUAUUAAGAAGCUAAACUCUGAAAGUAUGCAAGGCUUUGAAGAAUGGCAGUCAGAAGUUAACUUCUUGGGAAGGCUUUCACAUCCUAAUUUGGUUAAACUCCUGGGAUACUGCUGGGAAGAUAAAGAACUGCUUCUUGUAUACGAGUUCAUGCCAAAAGGGAGUUUGGAAAACCACCUUUUCAGACGAACCUCUGCUGUUGAACCAUUGUCAUGGGAAACAAGGUUGAAAAUUGCUUUAGGUGCUGCACGUGGCCUAGCUUUCCUGCAUGGUUCAGAAAAGAAAAUUAUUUAUCGAGACUUCAAGGCUUCUAACAUAUUACUUGAUGCGAGUUAUAAUGCAAAAAUAUCCGAUUUUGGCUUAGCAAAACUUGGGCCAUCAGCUGGAAACUCCCAUGUAACGACAAGAGUCAUGGGGACAUAUGGUUAUGCUGCUCCUGAAUAUAUUGCUACAGGUCAUUUAUAUGUGAAGAGUGAUGUAUAUGGCUUUGGCGUUGUGUUGCUUGAGAUGCUGACAGGCCUGCGAGCGCUGGAUACAAAACGACCUACUGGGCAGCAUAAUCUCGUGGAUUAUGCAAAGCCCCUAAUUUCUCAUAAACGAAAGCUGAAGUCGAUCAUGGACUCCAGGAUUGAAGGCCAGUAUCCGUCCAAAGCAGCUCAACAGGCUGCUCAACUCACUCUAAGAUGCCUAGAAGCAGAGCCCAAGAAGAGGCCAUCAAUGAGUGAAGUUGUGGAAACAUUGGAACAGAUCAUUGUGAUCUCCCAUAAGGAGAAGCCAAAAGAAUCCAAAAGCGGAUCUACACAUUCUCAAUCGACGCAUUCUUCAUCAUCUCAUCGGGAACUACUUUCGGGUCAUCGACGCUCUCCUUAUCACCCGAGUCACCAUGGUACAGGAGUCAACAGGGCUAUAAGAUGAUGGCCACAAUGUAGGACUAGUGUAAGUUAAUUAAUCACAUUUGAUUAGUUUUACCUCCGUCAUGUGAAAUAUGUAGCAAUUCACUCAUCAACUCUAAAUUCAUUAUUUUUGCAAUCUACUAAAUUUUUCCGGCCUUAUCAUUAUCCCCUUGCCUUUCUUUUGGCCCCUUCUGUAUGUGUUGUAAUACUAGAGAGUUGUUGUAUACUGUAAAUUGAGAAAGCAGGAGCUUGAUUUUUGUAUAUUUGUGCAAUUGACUUUUAGAAGGUCAAUUCCUAGUAAAGUAAGAAUAGAAGAAACUUGAGAACAUGUCACAUGAUAAUGAAUCAAGUGUUCCACUGAAUAUUGGCAUUGUAUCCUUUAAUUGCAGUAUGUGUUGGAUUCACUGUCUAUUAGCACUUCACAUGUAUAUCAACAUGGGGAAGAAAAUAAAGUGCCAGGAAGUUUUUGGCAUAUUGUAAUAUCUGCUUAAAUUCUUUACUAGAUUAAGCACUUAAAGGUGUUUACCAGAGACUUGUUUUUUGUGUACUUGCUCCGUUUGGUAAUUUUAAUGUGUCUCAUAAG